AUGCCCUCCAUAGAAGGGGUUUUGAGUGUUCAACUCAGAGGAACCAUGGGGAGACAACUCACCUGGAGACCCAUCAAAGAAGGUGGGAUGUCUGGUGGGGAUAGAAUCUCCAGUUUCAUUAUCGACGAGACAGACGUUGGCGAGGUCAGUCAGGUGCUUGUCCGGUUCCAGAAUCAGGGUAACAGUCUCUCCCGGAGAGUCCGGAGUCUGCUGGUGAAAUCAGUGGAGGUGGAUUUCGUCAUGAAGUUUCCAAAGAAACAUUUCUGCCCCACAAAUGGAGUUGUACAAGAUGGUCGUGAAAUUGUUUUGACCUCAGGAAGUUACUUCACCUCUGCAUGUCCGUGA